AUGGGGACGCCCAGCGCACCACUAGCAUCUGCCUCCACAACUACUUCAUUAUCCUCGGAAACGCUCUCAGCACCGGCCAUGACUCGACUCGCAGCACUCGUCGCUCUCGCCCUCAUCACCACUCCCUUCACCUUGGGAGGGUACAUCCCACCCGAGCACGCCGGAAUCCAUAAAGACGUACAUAAGCCGGUUGACCACUUUGCUCACGAUGGUCAUGGCGCCCACCACGAUCGUGGUUUCCACCCCACAGAGCAUGGUGGGCAUGGCAAAGAAGGACAUCAUCACGUUGGGCGGCAGGAGCCGCCGCCUCCACCUCCACCUCCGCCUGCAGAACCUGCCCCACCUCCGGCUCCUCCACCGCCUCCUGCGAACCCAGUUCCUCCUCCACCUCCACCUCCACCACCAGAAGAACCCGCUCCACCUCCCCCGCCCCCUCCACCCAUUGCAGCGCGUCAAGUCACGACCAACGGGAGCGUCCCCGGAACAACCGGCGUCCCACCUGCAGUCCCAACUACCAACAUCUCGUCUCCAGCCCCAGUAACCAACAUCUCCAUCCCUCUAACGAACGUCUCGAUCCCGACUACUAAUGGCUCUGUACCAUUUAUCAUCCCCGGUAACGUUUCGUUUCCUCUGCCUCCUGUAGCGGGUGCGGGGAAUGGGAGUGUAGGCGGUGGUGGCGGAGUGCCAUCUGGCAAUGCGAGUGCUGGUGGGGGACCUGUUCCGUUGACGAAUGUUAGUGUUCCCUUGACUGGGACUGUUCCUUUUAAUGGGAGCGAAGUGCCAUUUGUUGGGGUUGUUAAUUUGGUGUUUUAA